AUGGUGCUGCAUGGAUCUACCAUUUCGCCCAAGUCUACGGUAGCCGUGUCAUCGACCCUCCUCCAAAAACCAAACAUCGAAGUGGAAAUUCGGGAUCCUCUGACAUUCCCCGGUCUCCACGUCACCCUUUUGGCAUGUCGGUCGCACCUUUUUCGGCCGCCUCGGCCUCCACGGCAUCGCCUCGUAGGUGGCCGCAUGCCGAAGAACCUGCACCUCUUCGGCGCGUAUUUGCAGGGCUUGAGCAGGAAGCUUCAACUCAAAUGGAGGAGAACUCAGCUGACGAGGAUCGUGCCGCCGAAGGCUUAUGGACGACCACCGUCAGCCUCCUCACAGAUGUCCUUGUGGGGAGACGAUGAUUAUACGUACCGACAACGGAAAUUGUGGAACGGAAAGGGUGAACGGCACCGAAUCACUCCGUUCACCAACAAGAAGGAUUUCCAUUCGGAUGCGUUGAACAGCACCAUCUACAACUUGAAGGUGACGGCCUCGGCGAUGUACAACAUGGACGACGCCGGCGGCUUCGACAACUACAUCUUACGGACGCCGCCGCAGGAGCUGCGCAGCGCCACGGGCGAGAAGAUGAGAGAAGUGAUGUAUUUCUACAUGAAGAAUCCGGAGGCUGGUUGCAUCUGGGAGAAGAGAUGGAAAAGCCCUCGGCUAUCUCGAGAUUAG